AUGGAACCAGUAAAUAUCUUGCUAAUUGAUUUCAAUGAAGUACCCAAAAACUUCUCAUCCUCUUCAUCGUCAUCAUUAAUCGGAAUGUUGUUUGCAAAAUUUCAAAAUCAAAGCAAAGGUUUUCGUAAGUGGCUUCUGAAACGAGAGGAUUUUCUGAUGGAAAUUGCACUCCAUGAGAAAUGUUAUCUAGAUUCCCAUCGGGUUGGAUUUACCUACAUAGAUCCUGUCUAUUUGAAUUUAUCACUUGAAUUUAUUCACGAUUGGGAAAUAAUAGAACAAUUAAUUGAUUAUGUUCCGAGUCAAUAUUUACCUGCUUCUUGUGCUACGAGACAGUUUUGGAAGAAAUUAUUGGGGAAAAGAGGAUGUUGGUUUUCUAGCCUUCCACAGGAGUUGAAACAAGAUAGGGAAUUGAUUAUGAGUGCUGUUGGAGCUGGAGAUUGUGAAAUAUUUUCAUCGCUUCCUAUUGAAUUGGUGAAUGAUUUGGAAUUUAUGAGGGAAUGCAUUAAAAUUGAGGGAUCUAGUUUAUUAUUUUGUAGAGAUGAGGAGGUUAAGAGGGAAUUGAAUUUUGAGGCUGUUUGUAUGGGUUUAGGAAUAGAAUUUCUCAAACGAGAUGAAAAUGGAAAGGUAAUUGAUUUUGGAGAUCAGUUUAAUGAUGAUAGGGAAGUAGUGUUGGAAAAUUUGAAAAGGAAUGGAUCUCUUUUCCAAAAAGUUUCGAACAGGCUCAAGGAUGACAAGAUAUUAAUUAUUGAGGCAAUGAAAACAAGUAGGUCAAUUCUCACUUGUCUAUCAAAUGAAAUGAAACAAGAUGAGGAAAUAAUCAAUGCUGCAAUUCAAUAUAAUCAAUUCCAAACUCUAAAAUGCUACUUUGAAAGUAAGAAUUAUGUGAAAGAUUAUGAGAAGGAUGUGGAGAUGAUAUGUAAAGUAUUGGCAGAAAAUGGCUCUGAUUACGGUUACCUUCCUUCAGAUUAUAAGCAAGACAAGGAUUUACAUUUGAGAAUUUUCAAAAUCCACACAAGUUUUAUUGAAAGAUUCCCAAAAGAAAUGUUGCAAGACAAGGAAAUUAUAUUAGAGGCAGUCAAAAAUCCUCCUACAGGAUUUUUACCCUUCAGUUCAGCCUCGUAUUCAUUGAAACAAGAUGAAGAGUUUGUGAAGCAAGUUAUCGAACUUUCUCCUAGCUCUAUAGUAGUCGUCCAUAACAAUUUGAAGAAAAAUAGAAGUUUAGUAAUGCAAGCUGUAAAACAACAAGGUGGUUUACUCCAAUUUUGCAGCCAUUUUCGAAAAGAUAGAGAAAUGCUCUCCAUUGCUCUCACACAAGUAACUCAAAACAAGUUAACCCAAGAUGAGUUUGAUUUUCUUUUUGAGGAAUCGAUAAUAUCAAAAGAAAUGAUACCAACUCAUUCCAAGCAAUUGCUUGAAAUAGUUGCCAAAUUUGAUCCUCACUUGCUCAUGUAUAAUUCUAAUGCAGAUGCUGACAUUUGGGCAAUUGCUGCGAAAUAUACUGGAACUAUCCCACCAAGCAUGACUAUUGAGGAAAUGCCAAUGCUAUUUGAACAACGAUUGGAAUAUGAAUAUUGUGGAUUUUACCUUCCUCCACGUUACAAAUCUCAUCAAUUUGAUUGA